AGCACGGUGUAAUGGGUGCGGAGAGUACCUUCGUCGGAAGAAAAGACCAGCGCUUUUCUUUUCUUUUUUUUGCUUUUUAAUAUAUUUUUUCAGAAGGAUUAUCUUGUGCACUAUACCCUAAGAAUAACUUAAAAGACAAACUCUCACUUUCCCUUUUCUUCAUUCAGAAUCUUUGGCAACAUUCUUGUAUCCUUCUCUCACACGCACGCACGCAGACUUUUCUGUUCGCUAAUGCGCGUGAACCCGAGAAGGAGGCGCACACGCACGGCGCUCGAGCAAAGUAAAAGAAAGAAUGACAGAGAGAGACCGCCGCGAGUGGAGUGACGUCAUCAUGGAUCCUCUGGAGGAAGGGCAGAAGUUCAGCCCCAGACAAGAUUUAGACCUAGAUGCCACCCUCCAGUUUCUUCCCGCCCCAGACACCAAAAAGCUGGAGAAGAGCUUAGUGCGACACAAGAAACUAUGGAUCGGUCUAGGCCUGUUUGCGGCGGCAGCCGCGCUGUCUCUGCUUACCGGACUGCUGGUGUGGCGCUUCCACCUGCUCCGUGACGUGGCGAUGCCGCGUGUCUAUGUGGGAUCCAUGGCCAUCGCCAAUCAGCCUUUCCUGCCGGCCUAUGAGGACCCCAGCAGCGGGCCUUUUGUCAAGAUGGCGUCUCUAGUCAGCCAGCAGCUAAAAGUGAUGUACAACACAAACUCGGGCAAAUUGGGCAAAUACUUCCGACGCUUGUCAGUGGAAGCCUUCAGCGAUGACGGCGGUGAUUCUGUAACAGCGUACUACCGUUCUGAGUUUGAGGUCCCCGUUGCUGAGCAGGCCUCGGUGGAUGCCGCCGUCCAGUCGCUGGAAAUGGCGGCGGGAAGUCAACAGAGUCAGCGAGGGAGAGUGCUGCUUAAACCCAAGCAUGCGCUUAACAUCGACUCCGUCGUCACCCGAGCCAUUGAUCCACGGAUGGCAUCAUCGUCCUUAUUGGUCAAGGAGUCCUUUAAUGUGCAUGUCGGAGAAGGAGGAGUCAUUCAGUCGCCGGGUUUCCCUGAUUCGUCAUACCCGCCCAACAUCUACCUGCAGUGGCGCUUGCGAGCCGAUGCUGCUCACCGCGUGCGACUAGACUUCCAAAAGCUGAUCUUGGAGGACAAUUGCCAAAACGACUUUGUGAAGAUUUACGAUUCGCUCGCACCCAUCGAGCAGACCACCAUCGCUGAACAUUGCGGUGUUCCUCCCCAUUCGCUGUCCUUCGUGUCGUCAGGGAACGUCAUGUUAUUGACGCUGGUCACCAACGACAAGAAGAACUUUCCUGGCUUCAAGGCCAACUUCUCACAGGUCUCACUGGCACCAUCAGACUGUGGAGGAACUCUAAGCGGUGACACUGGUGUUUUCUCUUCCCCGUUCUUCCCGUCCAGCUAUCCUCCUCGGACUUCAUGUGUGUGGAACAUCCAGGUGUCGAAGGCUAAGUUGGUCAAAGUCAAAUUCAUUAAGUUCAACAUCAGUAACGACUCCGAUUGUUCCCGAGAUUAUGUGGAAUUGAAUGGCCGAAGGCUCUGUGGCGCACAAGCGGGAAGUACAACGGUGCCCAGCAGAACCAACUUGAUGACCGUCAAGUUCAACUCUGAUUGGUCAUAUGUUGACCAGGGCUUUCUCGCCGCCUAUGAGGCCUUUACCCCGAGUGACUUGUGCCUGGGAAGGUUCCGCUGCACCAACGGCUUGUGCGUGGCCUCCCAUCUGCGCUGCAACGGUUUGGACGACUGCGGUGAUUCCAGCGACGAGGACGACUGCAGAGCCUGUGCUGCCAGCGUAUUCCGCUGCAGGAACGGUCACUGCAUCAUGCAGACGAAGGUGUGCAAUGGCAAAGACGACUGCGUUGACGGGUCUGAUGAGUUUAAGUGUGGAAAAUUCUCCAUGACAUCGUGUCCUGACUCCAGCUUCAGCUGCAAAAAUGGGCAAUGUGUUGGCAAAGUCAACCCAGAGUGUGACGGUGUGGAUGACUGCGAGGAUGCGUCCGAUGAGGAAUCCUGCCAGUGCGGUUUGUGGCAGUAUCGAAGCUCCCGCAUUGUAGGCGGUCAGGCGUCGCAACAGGGCGAGUGGCCAUGGCAGGUCAGCCUCCAGUUGAUAGGGCAGGGUCAUGCGUGUGGUGGUUCUUUGCUAAGCAGCCGCUGGCUUCUUACUGCUGCCCACUGCGUCCAGGACAAAGGUUCAGUCAGGCAUUCACAGGCUGACCAAUGGGAAGCCCUCCUGGGUCAGCAUGAGCUGUCCCGCGCCAACGAGUGGUCAGUGAGGAAGAAAGUAAUGCGAAUUGUGGCCCACCGUGACUAUGAUCAACGCACUUUCAACAACGAUGUGGCUCUGAUGGAGUUGGAGUCGGACGUACCGCUUAACCAGCACAUCUGGCCCAUAUGCCUCCCCUCCCCAGCGUAUAGCUUUCCUGCUGGCCAGGAGGCCUGGAUCACUGGUUGGGGGGCCACCAGAGAGGGAGGUAUGGCGGUGACGGUCUUGCAGAAGGCUAAAGUUCGCAUCAUCAACAAUUCAAUGUGCAACAAUGUGAUGAACAACGAGGUGACGGAUGGGAUGUUGUGUGCCGGCGUCCUCGACGGCGGUGUGGAUGCAUGCCAGGGUGACUCCGGGGGACCAUUGUCUGUCAUCAACCCAAGUGGGCGUGUCUUUCUGGCUGGCGUGGUGAGCUGGGGCGACGGGUGUGCUCACAGGAACAAGCCAGGAAUCUACACGCGGGUAACCCGAUACCGUGGCUGGAUCAAGGAGCACAGUGGUAUUUAGCUAUGCUGCUAACUCCACCAAAGGAAGGUUUCAAGUUAAAGAUCUCUGUGGUUUUGCCGACAGGAAGUCCACCUCCAAGCGCAGCGUCCAGCCGCGAGGAGAAUGUCACAAUGCGAUUUAGCUCCUCUUCCUUCUGCAGAAGGUCCAGUGCGGUCAGAGAAGCUCCAUUUCCUGAUCCUCCACCUUCAUCAGCACCUCCCUCCUUCCUCGCAGCCUGUAGCACCUCCACUGCCUCCUCCUGGCUGAGCCCCGUCUCUGAAACAAAAAGAGCUCUCCACUUCAUUGCGUUUUCAUACAUUUGAAAGACUCUUAGAUUGCCUGGAUUGCUUAAACGCCAUACAUCGAUUUUCUAUACUGCUUGUUCUCAUCAUGUUUCCAGGUGAGCUCGAGUCUAUCCUCAUUUAUUUUUUUGCCAGAAGUGGGGUACCUUCUGGACGGGUUACCAGACAUAUUGUCGCGUUUUAAUAAAUAUAAUUUAUUUCCUG